AUUAAAGAAAACAAGAAAAGGGGAAAAAUAGGGCAAAGAAAGGGUAAACAGAGAGGCCGGACAGACAACAUGCGAGUCACUCGAUCUAUUACGCAAUCCUCAAUUUCUCCGUAAAAACUCCCUCUUCGACCUCCAAACCUUGUGCAAUUUCUAAAUCCACUUUCUCUCUUUCUCUCUCUCUCUCUCUUUCUCUCAGGCAAGCGUGCUUCACAAUGACAGAACCUUCCAAAGUCAUUCACGUCCGGAACGUUGGACAUGAAAUAUCAGAAAAUGAUUUGCUUCAGCUAUUUCAGCCAUUUGGAGUCAUCACUAAGCUUGUGAUGCUUCGUGCAAAGAAUCAGGCUCUUAUACAAAUGCAAGAUGUUCCUUCUGCAGUCAAUGCACUGCAAUUUUAUGCAAAUGUCCAACCGGCCAUAAGGGGAAGGAAUGUUUAUGUCCAGUUCUCAUCACAUCAGGAAUUAACAACAAUGGAUCAAAAUGCUCAAGGACGAGGAGAUGAGCCAAAUCGAAUUCUCUUAGUUACAAUUCAUCAUAUGCUAUAUCCUAUAACAGUGGAGGUGCUGCAUCAAGUGUUUUUUCCUCAUGGAUUUGUGGAGAAGAUUGUCACAUUUCAGAAGUCAGCUGGUUUUCAGGCCCUCAUUCAGUAUCAAUCACGCCAAAGUGCAGUUGCAGCUAGAACUACAUUGCAGGGUCGUAAUAUUUAUGAUGGCUGCUGCCAAUUAGACAUUCAGUUCUCCAAUCUCGAUGAGUUACAAGUGAACUACAAUAAUGAGCGUUCCAGGGAUUUCACAAAUCCUAAUCUGCCUUCUGAACAGAAAGGAAGAUCCUCGCAGUCUGGGUAUGGUGAUGCAGGAGGUAUGUAUGGGCUUCAAGCUACUGGUGCCAGGGGAGUUGCGUUUCCACAGAUGGCUAAUGCGGCUGCAAUUGCGGCUGCCUUUGGUGGAGGUUUGCCGCCUGGUAUAAGUGGGACAAAUGACAGGUGUACAGUCCUUGUCUCCAAUCUAAAUCCUGAUAGAAUAGAUGAGGAUAAGCUUUUUAACCUGUUCUCCAUCUAUGGAAAUAUUGUGAGGAUUAAACUUCUCCGUAAUAAACCAGAUCAUGCACUUGUUCAGAUGGGUGAUGGCUUCCAAGCUGAAUUGGCAGUACACUUUUUGAAGGGUGCAAUGCUGUUUGGGAAGAGAUUGGAGGUUAACUUCUCAAAGCAUCCAAACAUAACUCAAGGUGCUGACACGCACGAGUACAUGAACUCAAAUCUCAACCGUUUUAACCGCAAUGCAGCGAAGAACUACAGGUACUGCUGUUCUCCAACAAAGAUGAUUCACCUAUCCUCUCUUCCCCAAGAUGUCACAGAAGAGGAGAUUGUUACGCACCUAGAGGAACAUGGCACCAUUGUGAACACCAAGCUCUUUGAGAUGACCGGAAAGAAGCAGGCCUUAGUUCUGUUUGAAACUGAGGAGCAAGCUACUGAAGCCCUUGUCUGCAAGCAUGCUAGCUCGGUUGGUGGGUCAAUAAUCCGGAUUUCCUUUUCCCAAUUGCAGGCGAUAUAAGAACCUUGUAUAUGGGGGAAAAGAAAAAAGAGAAAAAAGGAAAAAAAAAAAAAAAAAAAAAAAAAAAAAAACACAA